AUGUACAACAAUCCGAUUAUUCCCGGAUUUAAUCCCGACCCUUCCAUUAUCCGCGUGAAGAAUGACUUUUUCCUCGUAACAUCCUCCUUUGAAUAUUUCCCAGGAGCUCCGAUAUACCACAGCACCGAUCUGAUACGCUGGACCCUGAUCGGCCACGCACUGACCAGGCGCAGUCAGAUUCACAUCCAGACCCCAGAACCUGGCGGUGGAGUUUGGGCGACCACCCUGCGAUACCAUGACGGUGUCUACUACAUAAUUGCGGCCAGCUUCGAGCGCUACCGCCCACAGGACGAUGAUCGUGUUUGGCCGCGUGGGUUCUAUGUAAAGACCGAGAACAUCUGGGACUCGGGUUCCUGGUCCGACCCGGUGUUUUUCGACCAGGUCGGAUUCGAUCAGGAUACUUCGCCAUCCAUAUCGCCACUAUUGAUCUUGCUAGCGGUACUUCCACCUCAGAACCGAAGCUCAUCCGAGAGUCUACCUCUGGUGUCUCGGAGGGAUCGCAUAUAUUUAAGCGCGGAAAAUACUAUUAUCUUUUUACUGCCGAAGGGGGCACAGAAAGCGGCCAUUGUGAAUGGACUUGGUAGAAGAUGCACAGGGAAGAUGGUGGGCUGUUUUGCUGGGUGUUCGACCGGACGCGAAACAUUCCUGAUACCGGUUGAAUGGAAGGAUGAUUGGCCAAUCUUCAACCGGGGCAAAAAGAUCUCUCUCCAAUCCGACACUCCACACCUUUAUGAGUAUCAACAUCCCGUAGCAUGGAGAGACGAUUUCUCGAGCCCAGAGUUGCAGCUAGGCUGGUACCGCAAAAACACCCCCAUGAGGACAGACUACUCGCUCACAGAGCGACCAAACCACCUCCGUCUACAUGGUGGACCGUAUAACCUCUCCGUUCCCAGCUGCCCAACUCUAUUUCUCCGGAAACAGAUCCACCAUUACUGCACCUGGGAGACGAAAUUAUCUUUCAGCCCUGAGUCACAACAUACAGAAGCUGGAACUGUCGUCUGGUGGAACUACUUCACAUACAGCAGUAUAGGGAUCCGGCUCUCCCCUACCAAGGAAGGGGCACGUAUUGUGCGAUUCCGACCGGCUGAGGGAGAGGUCAUUGAUCGAGAACUACGAAGCGCAGUGUCGGAUGUAGUAUUCUUCAUUGAAUGCGGAGACCAGUAUAGGUUUGGUUUCAAAGAGGUUAAUGGCACUAGUUCCGAGACUCAAUGGAUAGGAGAGGUUCAGAACAGCACAAUGACUCAGUCGCCGCCAGUCGGUGCACCUUUUACCGGGAUGAUGCUCGGACUGUACGCUUUCGGAGAACGACAACGCUGCGUCCUAUUCGGAAUUAUAUUGCUUCAAAGCCAUCACCAAUCUUAUUGCAUUCAUCAUAGAAGCCACAGUUCUUCCGAGAUAAACGAUAUCAAGUGCUGA